CCGCUCCCCGACUUCGUGGCCCACGAAGGGGUGGGGGUCAGGAGCGGUCUCCCCCACCCCGUCCGUCUCUGCCCUGACGGCGCAGUCCGCUUCCAGGACAGCCAUUGCCAUGGAGACCCCCGAGGCUAUAAAGUCAGGUAUCUAGGCGGGCGGCAGCUCCCGCGCCGCUGAGCCCCCCAAGGAAGGAGCAAGCGCCCUGGCGUGGCCCGGCCCCCGCGAGAGGGGAGGAGGCGGAGGAACGGCGCCAGCAGCUUGAGGAGCGGCGCGCCCCGCCAGGGCUGGAAGCAGGCGUGCACGGCGGGCGCCACCGUCGCUGCGGGGGAGCGGGGGCUGCCCGAGGUGCGGGUGAGUGGCACGGCGGCUCCAAACCACGAGGACUGAGGGGCGCCGGACACGGGGAAAGCGGCUGGAGACUCGGGAGAGGGUCGAGCCUCGGCUCCCGACGUCUGGUGGCGGGCCAGGAGCGGAGCCUGGAGUAGCGAGCAAUCAACACCUCCAGGCGGGAGGCCCGGGGAAGGAGCGGCGAGACGCCAGGCGUGCGGCCCAGGAGCGGCGGGGCAGUCGGAGCCUCCCAGACACCGGAGUAGGAACCCCGCGACCCUCGGCUGCAGCCGCCCACGCGCGGAGUGAGAGGUAUCAGAGCGCCGGCGGAGGCCGGAGCCCUGCGGGGCGCGAGAACAGGGGCGCCCCCGUGCGGAACUGCCAGGCUGCCCGGGCGAGGCGGCCGGGGCCAUGCUCAAACCCAAGGACCUGUGCCCCCGAGCGGGGACGCGCACCUUCCUGGAGGCCAUGCAGGCGGGCAAAGUGCACUUGGCCCGCUUCGUGUUGGAUGCGCUGGACCGCAGCAUCAUCGACUGCCGCGCGGAGCAGGGCCGUACGCCGCUCAUGGUGGCAGUGGGGCUGCCCGACCCCGCGCUGCGCGCGCGCUUCGUGCGGCUGCUGCUCGAGCAGGGUGCUGCCGUGAACCUGCGGGACGAGCGCGGCCGCACCGCACUCAGCCUGGCGUGCGAGCGAGGCCACCUGGACGCCGUGCAGCUGCUGGUGCAGUUCAGCGGUGACCCCGAGGCGGCCGACUCUGCGGGCAACAGCCCGGUGAUGUGGGCGGCGGCCUGCGGCCACGGGGCGGUGCUCGAGUUCCUGGUGCGGUCCUUCCGCCGCCUAGGCCUGCGCCUCGACCGCACCAACCGUGCGGGGCUCACCGCGCUGCAACUGGCUGCCUCCCGCGGCCACGGGACCUGUGUGCAGGCCCUCACCGGGCCCUGGGGCCGCGCCGCCGCCGCUGCUGCGGCUCGGGGCUCCAACUCCGAUAGUCCCCCUGGCCACCCGGCCCCCGCGGCCAGCCCCGAGCGUCGACGACCCAGCCCCCGCCGCCUCCCGCGGCCUCUCCUGGCGCGCUUUGCGCGAGCGGCGGGCGGCCACGGCCACGGCGGCGAGGCUGGCUCAGCGGGCAAGAAUUCGGGCCGGCACCGGGCGCAGGGCAGCGAACGGCCCGAGCUGGGUCGGAGCAUGAGCCUGGCUCUGGGUGCGGUAACCGAGGAGGAGGCGGCCCGCCUGCGGGCUGGGGCCCUGAUGGCCCUACCAAACUCGCCCCAGUCUUCGGGGACUGGGCGGUGGCGCUCACAGGAGGUGCUGGAGGGAGCGCCCCCAACCUUAGUGCAAGCCCCCAUUGGCCUCAGUCCCCACCCGGAGGGCGGCCCCGGCUCUGGCCGCCUGGGUUUGCGCCGACGCUCCACAGCCCCAGAUAUCCCCAGCCUGGUCGGGGAGGCGCCAGGGCCGGAGAGUGGCCUGGAGUUAGAGGCCAACGCUCUGCCUGUCUCGGUGCCUGGGCCGAACCCUUGGCAGGCGGGCACCGAGGCUGUGGUGCUGCGUGCCCAGCGGUAAACGGCGCCAAGGCCCGAGGCCUGCUUCCCCCACCCUCCCGUUUCUACUCCACUGGUAUUUCUCCCUUCUAGGUCCCUCACCUUUUCGGCAGCCGCCCCCCGCAGUCCAUUUUGGAACCUGCCUCCCUGCCAAGGCGAGACCUCCACCAGCCCUCCACCAGAAAUAAGGGACCUCCAUGUUCUUUUUUGUGCUCCUCGGUAUUCCCUGCCUAGGUCUAGAGGUGUCAAUUGACUGGUUCCGUAGGCCACAGCCAGGAAGGUGGAUUCCCCCUCCCCAGCCCUCAGGCUCAGUCCUGGGUCGGCCUAGCCACCUGUCGCUCCUGUCCGGUCCCCCUCCCCUCGCUGGGUUUCCCAACAACUGGGCAGCCAGGCAAAUAGAAGGGUCCACCUUGGAGAAUAAAGACCCAGCCUCCCCACUCACUGCCUACUGAUGCUGACAAUAAUCCCACAAACUACCAAAGUCUCCUUUCCCUUGAAGUGUGAGAGAACGAAAGGACCGAGGGGGCCCUAGAGCCUUUCAGGACUGGAGGGCUGAGGAGGAAGGGGUCUGGCUGUUGUGAUUUUCCAGGGUAGAAACUCCUGUCUCAAGGCAAUGAAAGCAUAUUUUGGGAGUGGGAGAGUCCCUAGUGUGAACACCAAUUGUCCCUUGAAUCAGCUCCUGGGUAACUCCAGCUCCCUCUGUCUCUGCCCCAGGAUUCAGCUUCAUUGAUAAUGUGGGGUCACUGCUCCACACAACCCCUACCCAGGCCAACUCCGAGCUCCUGAGCCAGCCCGCUCUUCAGCCCAAAUGCAUUUGAAUUCCAUCAUCGAGGUUCAACACCUCACCCCUGGAGGCCCAAGCCCUAUUUCUGCUGGCUCACAGAAGCCUGAAAUGGAAAGGACUGAGCGCUUCCCCGCCUCCACGCCUCCCAGCUCCCCGGUCCCGCACGUGGGUGCUCCCGCGGGAUGGAACAGUUGCGAAGGCUGUGCUUAAUUGUAUUUCUUCCAAUCUUAAAAGAACUCGUGUUUUAAGCCUUUGUAUAUGAAGCAGAAAGCAGCGGGUCUGAUUCCGAGGCUUAAGAGCCUGACAAUAUCUCUUUAAAUAGAAGCUCCGCGAGGGGGAUAAUUGA